AGAAGGUCCCGCGCCUCAGACGCAUGCCCGCGUGCCACGCCGUCUGUUUCCAGGGCAACUAGGGCGCCUCUUAGCAAGUGCGCGCACCACCCGGGUGGUAUUCCCCGCGCCCCCGGCGAUGGCGGCUGCGGGCCCCAGCGUCUUCCUGCUUAUGGUCAGCGGGCAGGUGGAGAGCGCCCAGUUUCCCGAGUACGAUGAUCUCUACUGCAAGUACUGCUUCGUGUACGGCCAGGACUGGGCCCCCACCGCGGGGCUGGAGGAGGGGAUCUCCCAGAUCGCAUCGAAGAGCCCAGACGUGCGGCAAGCGCUGGUGUGGAACUUCCCCAUCGACGUCACCUUCAAAAGCACCAACCCCUUCGGCUGGCCACAGAUUGUGCUCAGCGUGUACGGACCAGACGUGUUCGGGAACGACGUGGUCCGAGGCUACGGGGCAGUGCACGUGCCUUUCUCGCCUGGCAGGCACAAAAGGACCAUCCCCAUGUUCGUCCCAGAAUCUACAUCCAAGCUGCAAAAGCUCACAAGCUGGUUCAUGGGACGGAGGCCUGAGUACACGGACCCCAAGGUGGUGGCUCAGGGUGAAGGCCGGGAAGUGACCCGCGUCCGCUCCCAGGGCUUUGUGACUCUCCUCUUCAACGUGGUGACCAAGGACGUGAGGAAGCUGGGCUACGACACUGGGCCUGUGGACAUGCAGGGGGUCUCGGGGCCCAGCCUGCCCCAGGGCCUCCCGCAGUGAGCCUGGCCAAGCAGCGUGCAGCCUGAGCGGCUCCCACAAUGCCAUGCGGCCACUGCCGAUCCACCUGCCUGCUCCAGUGUAGUUGGGGGGUGGGUGGGAUGGGGGGGAUAU